AUGGGCCAGGGCCCGGAGAAGUUGAUGGCGGAAAGAAAGUUGGAGAAGGAGAAGGAGAAACGGAAGGGCAGUCAACGAGCGCCCCCCCACACAACAAAGAGUUUCCAGCGAAGGAAUCGGCACGAAAUAGCAGUGAGAUUCUGGAACGCGUCUGGGAUUUCCCCUGUUAACGAGUUGAACGAAAAAUCGACGACAUUGAGCUGUGAAGAGAAGUUGGAUAACAAAGUUGUUGUGUUGGAGGUUAAUAUAUCGGAGGGAAGUGAGAGAAAGGACAUCAGACGGAAGGUUCCCAUUAAGGUUCUUGGAUCGAAGGCUGAGGAUAUUGAGCCCGUUCAGUCGGCCCAAUGUGCUUUGAGGCAUUGGGCCAAGGGCCAUCACGCGAGUGCCAUCGCUUGUGCAAGUGAUCCCUGA